AGCGGAAACAAAAGAGGUUUUUAUAAAAACACAAACACAUCCCCGGCUGUCGAAGUACUCAGGGAAUAAACUACAGCCAUUGACUUCGCCGGCAAUAAUAUUUUAAUUGAAAGAAAGAGCCAGUCGUCGUAGGUUGAGGAGCAAACUGCAUCAGUCAAUAUGGCACUGAAAAGAAUACAGAAGGAGCUGAAUGACUUGCAGAGAGACCCUCCUGCACAGUGCUCCGCUGGACCAGUGGGGGAAGACUUGUUUCAUUGGCAGGCAACCAUAAUGGGUCCGGGUGACAGUCCUUACCAAGGAGGAGUUUUCUUUCUUACAAUCCACUUCCCCACUGACUACCCAUUCAAGCCACCAAAGGUAGCAUUUACAACUAAGAUUUAUCACCCAAAUAUAAACAGCAAUGGGAGUAUCUGUUUGGACAUUCUACGGUCACAGUGGUCUCCAGCAUUAACAGUGUCAAAAGUUUUAUUGUCCAUAUGUUCAUUGCUUUGUGAUCCAAACCCAGACGACCCCUUAGUUCCAGACAUAGCACACAUGUACAAGAACGACAAAGACAAAUACAACAAAGUAGCAAAAGAUUGGACCCAAAAGUAUGCCAUGUAAAGAGAAGAAAACAUGCUGAGAAUUUUUCUUUUUCCUUCCUUUUUUUAAGUCACAGCACACUGUAAAUGAGUAUGGAAUCAUGAAGUAAUCUUAGGUAACUUGCAUCAGACUGAACUGUUAUUAACAUUAUUAUUAAUCUGAGACCAUGACUUGUAUACAUUUUAUUUGUUUUUGAAAAGAAGUAGAGAGUUUUACUUUGAGCAGAUGAGAGAGAUUGGCUCUGGUCAUUUGAUGGGUACCGUGACAUUUCAAGUCACAUUUGGCUUGUUGUUUUUGCAUCAGUGAAACUUUAUUUAAACACAAGUUUAUUACAAAUUGCUUUGCGGCAUUCUUUACCAUUCAAGUAAAACUAGUGGAUCGAAAGACAUGAGUCCCACCAUAUGCCAUUCAGCAACAAGCCUUUUUUUCCGAGGAGCUGAGUAAUAGUGCAGCAGGAUAGCAUAUAUGUUAGACAAGCUGCUUCAUAACUGGAAAAGCCCAGCUCCAGUCCCUGCAAGAAACCCACUCAACCAUGGAGAUGUGGAAGGGUGAAUGCCAAAUAUGGAAGCCCCACAUAAUGACAUGUCACGCCGUGGGUGAUGGAGGGUUUGGUUGAGUUCUUUUGCAUCUUGUAGCAGAUGAAGUGGAAUAAAACUAUGUACUGUUGCAAUCUUGCAGUUUCCUGAAAAUGGAUGCAAUUACAAGUCAAGUCACAUAUUACUGUCUUCUUCCUCCUCUCCUCCUAUUAUUAUUAUUAUUAUUGUUAUUAUUAUUAUUACUAUUAUUAUUAUUAAUAAUAAUUAUAUAGUAUUAAACGCUCUGGAACAUUUCUUUUAAAUUAGAGUUAUCACAAUGUAAAUCUGUCUUCAAAUGAUGUACUCUUUUCCCCUGAGAAUAGCAGUGAUGUUGGCUUUGUGGUUAGAUUUACACAGGCAUAAAGAUCUGAUUUUUAACCCAGUGAAACCCGUACCUGGGUUAAAUGUGUUCUUCUGUUUGACCUCCAGUCUGUCUGUAUAUCUAUCUAUGCUAUAGAAAUGGUAAAAAAAAAAAAAAAAUCCAUUUUCUGUUCCUGUGUAAACAGUCUCUCACUUGUGUCUUUGAAGCCUGAGUGGCACCUUUUGUACUGAAUUAAAGAAUGGUACAGUUUUUAUCA